AUGGCACCAUCCGCAAUUGAACAACCCGUUCCAACGGAGAGAGUCCCUGUUAAAUCGUGGGCUCGCCCCACACCCACUGCAGAACAACUUGGAUGGGCUCCAUUGGUCGAGAUCGAUCUAUCUCGCUUUGACCAACCCGGCGGAAAAGAAGAACUCGCGAAACAGUUAUAUGAUGCCGUGACUCGUGUUGGCUUUUGGGUGGUUGUUGGACACGGAAUUGAAGAUGAACGCGUCCUACGUCAGUUCAGUAUUGGUAACGCCUUUUUCAAGGAGCCACUCGAGGAAAAGCAAAGGUUCCCUUGCAACUUCGCCGAUGGAGAGUACUUUGGAUACCGGGAGAACUCGAGAUGGAUUGGAGAUACAGGUGUGAAGGAUAAUGUGGAAAUGCUUAACAUCCCCAAAGCCAUUCCCGAAUGGGAGAAUGUUCCUAGACACAGACUUGUCAGUCAGAACUGGGACGAAAUCGCGACUUUUCACCGUGAACUCUAUGAAAAAGUUGUUGACAAGCUUUUUGUCUUGAUGUCGAUUAUUCUGGAGCUGCCAGAAGACUUCCUAUCCCAAGCCCAUGCCUAUGACAAACUCUCCGAUGACCAUUUGCGAUACAUGAUUUACAAUCUUCGAACACAAGAGGAAUGGGAUAAGGCGCAGGGCUAUACAAAGGGUGGACACACAGACUUCGGUAGUUUGACCUUAUUAUUCUCACAGCAUGUUGCUGGGUUACAGAUUAGGACACCAGAAGGCGAGUGGAAAUGGGUCAAGCCCGUCGACGGUGGAAUUACCUGCAAUGUUGCGGAUACAUUAUCAUUUUUGACCAAUGGCUUCCUCAAGUCUACAAUCCAUCGAGUGGUCACACCACCAAAGGACCAAAUCGACAUUCCCCGUCUUGGCCUACUCUACUUCGCUCGACCCGGCGAUCAUACAGUCAUGAGAACGGUACCCUCGCCUCUACUCGAUCGCCUUGGUCUACUCAGUGAUGAUGAUAAAGAUACAAGUAAACCUGUCGCGACGGGAACCGAGUAUGUUCGUGCUCGGGUUCGAGAUGUACACCACAAGACUGUGAUUGACCGACGAGAAAACACAUCAUUUGAGUUUAAGGGGUUGAAGGUCGAAAACCACUACGCUUAG